UGCUGCAGACAGCUCUGCCGGCUGAACCAGAGUCUGCCUGCCUCCGUCAGCUCCCAGCAUCCUCGCUGCUGCAUGCACAAGAAAAAACUGUUUUAGCCUUUAGAUUUAUUUCUUUUUUUUAGUUUUUAUUAGAAGUGUAGAAAGCCGGCUGCUUCUCCCUCACCCUCCCUCCCUCCCUCCAUCCUCUCUCUCUCUCGCUCUCUCUCUCGCUAACACACAUCCCCAUCACAUCCACACCCACACCCAAGGAUACCCUCCCUGCCUCUCUGCCUCCGUCUCUCUCACGCCUUCCUCUUCCCCUUCAACCCUUCCAACUACAUUGUUUCUUUUAAAUUUCCUCCAGGGUGGAGAUGCUCAUCUGACCCCCCCACCCCCACCUCACCCCACCCUUUUCUUUCCCAAUCCAAGACUUUUUGUGGAUGGUCUCCUCUUUAAUCCGUCCCUGCUCUGCUACUUUGUUGCUACCUGUGGAGGUUUUCUGGUUUAUCUUCUUCUGCCAGCCGUCGCACAGAGUGCAGCCCCGCAGAGAGGCACCAUGCUGGGAUUGGACGUGUGUGAGUUCGGGGGUCAGGUGCUGGAGCUGCUGUGGUUAACUAUGUGCUACAGAGGUCUCAUGGCUGACAAGAAGGAUUUGUGUCUUGAGGAGGAGGAGGACGACAGAAACCUAAACUACGUUGCUCCGGUCCACAAGACUUUGGAGGAGAUUCGGCAACUGGACAAAGAUGACGAGAGUCUGGUCAAGUACAAGCAGACCCUGCUGGGGACAGUACCAGUGCCGGCAGACUCCAGCGUGGCUAAUGUCCAGGUGACCAGACUGACCCUGCUGUGUGACGAGGCUCCUGAACCGAUCACCAUGGACCUGACAGGAGACCUGAGUGCUCUGAAGGAGCAGACCUUCUCCCUAAAGGAAGGAGUGACGUUCAGACUAAAGAUACACUUCAAGGUGAGCAGAGAAAUCGUUGCUGGCUUGCGGUACCAUCAUGUGACCUUCAGAAAAGGAGUAAGAGUGGACAAGGCGUCGUACAUGGUGGGAAGUUACGGUCCAAAGGAAGAGGAGUAUGAGUUUCUAUGCCCAGUUGAGGAGGCACCCAAAGGCAUGAUGUCACGCGGCCACUAUCAGGUCAAGUCCUGCUUCAUCGACGACGAUAAGAUUACCUACAUGGACUGGGAGUGGAACCUGGACAUCAAAAAGGACUGGGAUGAAUAAACGGAGAGUGAGAUGCUACUCUUCCCUUCUCUCGCUCCUAUUCUUCACCUUCCUCUUCUCCAUCCCCCUUUCACCCUCCUCCUCCGUCUCGUCCUGUGAGAGCAGGAGACAGGAGGCCCUACUUCUCCUCCUCUUCCUACUUAGUCUCCUCUUCUAUCUUUUUCUUCCUUGUCUGUUUAAUGCAGCUGUCCUCACAGGGACUUUUCUCUCUCUCUCUGCCUUCUGCAUUUAUAUUCUUCUUCCAGAUUCUUCUUCAUCUAUAUCCCAAUCAGCCAGAGUUGUCCACUUGACAAAGCUUUUGGGAUGACAAGUCUCCCCUUGCCUUUACCUUUACAUUUGGAUUCUCAGUAGAAAUUCUGCAUUCUAACAUCAGUAAAGUUUACCAACAGUAGCUAAAUUGGUGUGCGGAGAGGAGCGACAUGAUGUAAAGAUACUGUGUGAUAUGCAGCUCUUGGAGGCCUUAAUAAAACCCUGAGGGCACAAACAUGGUCCAUGCAAGUACAUGAACACAGAUGAUUCGAGCAACACAAGAAUGAUUUCAUGCAUUUGCUGAGUAUGAUGCCUAAAAAUCCUAACGCAACACCAACACAAGGUGUUUCACAGCCAAGUGGCCAUUAAAAGUCAAUGUGGAAGUGCCUUAAACCUGCAUUCUUGCUAAUGGCCAGCAGGGGGGGACUGCACUGGUUGCAAAAAGAAGUCUGAUUCAAUAUAAGUCUAUGAGGAAAUGACCCUAUUUCUCACUUGACUUAUUACCUCAGUAAACAUAUUUCCUCAUGACUUUAGGGUCGCAAUCGAUACUCAAGUCAUCUUUAAUACAGCAUGAUGUUCAUACAGAAAAUGAUGCUUCCAUUUAGAGUAAAACAGGCGAUGAAGCAGGGUAUGCUUUAGGGCGGGGCUACCUCAUGAUUGACAAGGUAAAGUUAAAAAAAUGGUUAACAGAUUGGCAAAAUUAAAGAAAGCAGCUAAAAUUGAAAAAAGAUAAAGUUGCUGCCUUCUGUUUGUGCAUCAUCAUUUGUGUUCUCCUACUUGUGUGGAUCAUUUUUUUGCCCUUAGCGCCUGAUUUCCGCAAUUUGCAUCACAAUGCAUCCUCCUUCUCCUUGUCAUAAUUCACAUAUGAACACACAACCAUAAUACACAUAUUUUUAGAUUCAGCUUGACUUACAGGAUCCAGAGGACAUCAUUUCGUUUGUCCAUCAAAAAAGAACUCCAUGAAUCUUAAAAAUAGUAGAAAACAACGCUCCUCAUAACUACAGAACUUGCCUAAGAAUUAAUGUGUUUUUAUGAUUCCUUCUGUAUAAAAGUAAUCCAGUGAUAUUUGUCUGUACAUCCAUGGGUGCACUGCAAACAGGAACUGCUAAUUGGUAAUUCUGCAUAUUUUUUUACGGUGCAGAUUUGCCAAAAUGUACACAAAUAUAGGCUCAAGUUUUAGCUCAGACUAUACAUUAUACUUCCUGUUUACACCCCCAGGACAUUAUGAGAACUGUAGUUCCAAAACUUAGAGCAUGAUUAUCCCCUGAAUAGAGAUAAGACAAAGAAUAACAAUAGGAGCAACAAUAUCCUUUAAUUUCUGUCUUGUCUAUCUUUGAAUAUUUGAGGAAAAGAAAAAAAAUGCAGUUGGAGUUUUUCUUCCUUUCCCAUCUUCCUGUUUCUUUGAGUGAGUUUAAAAUGUUACUGUAGGUGUCAGCUCAUGGAAUUUCAUUUAUAUUCUUAACGCAGAUUUUUUUAUCCCAUGUCAUUGAGUAGUGAUUGAUAGGUCUGUUGACUGAUUAGGGGGAGAGGUUCAACAAUACUUACUUUCAUAUAAUGAUAUAAUCAGUGUGCUUUAAAAGCAACCGUCUCCUCAAGUCUCUGUGGAGCGUUUCAAAAGAGCCGACCCGUUAAAGACUGAAACUGAAUUGUGCAUAUUGUAGAAAGAGAUGCAUGUACGUAAGUCCUUUAGGAUUUGAUACUAUUCACUCAGUAAAAAUGAACAAAAGUUUCCCUUUCUAAACCUCUCAUAUACCAAGGACGCAAGAUGUGAAUAAAAUUCAACAUUAAUGAAACAUUUAAAGAUGGUCGCUGAAAGAUGGAGUACUGUCUGAGAAGUAUAUCAAGGGAUUAAUUAAUUCCCAUAAAAAAAUAAGAGAUAUCAUUAUUGUGUUAAGUCUUUGGAUAUGAUAUUGUCAUUGUUGCUGAACAUAUUGAACAUUGAAAUACCAUUUGAACUCGUUGUGAUCUAAGACUAACUGUAAAUGUUGGCUUGUUGGGUGUUGCAUGGUUUAGCAAGAUUCUCUCUUCCUUUUUUACGACUUUAUUGUAAAGAUUAAUGUGAUUAAAAAAGAAGAUACUGACGCUAGAUGUCCAGAUGUCAAUGCCAUAUACUGCAGAAACAGUAUUUACAGGGAUAUUUUUAAAGACACAGAUAGCUGGAAACGUGUGUCUGUGUCUAAUGCUCCAGCCUGUAACAACCAAGUGCUGCAUCCUCAAUUAUUGGUGUCGAAUCUAGUAUCCUGUAUCUUUUAAUAAAGGCAAUUCAAACAACCA